AUUCCUCCUGCAGCGCGCAUUUGGAAACUCGUUGUUUGUGAGUCGAAUGACCCGAAAAUUAUGGAGGACAAGGAAUUCGAAGUCCCCUACGCGAACAAGAAGAUUGCGUGUGUGAGUUCGCGGCCGAAGCGCGGAAAGGCGACGUACGGAGUGAUCCUCACCCACGGCGCCGGUGGCGACAUGCACCACAAGCACCUGGUUGAGUUGGCGUCCGAUCUGGUGUCGACGGGCAACGCUGCCGUGUUCAGGUUCACCUGCCGCGGUCUCAACAUCGUGCACAGGAUCAAGGUCUACAGCACCGUUUUGAAGUAUGUGCUGCAAAACUACGACUUGAAGGGGGUGUUUCUCGGUGGCCGGUCAAUGGGGGCAAGGGCCGCAGUCGGGACGGCCACAUCCGACGACAAAUCCGUCCAAAAGCUUGAGAAAAAGAUCCUCGGCAUCGUCUGCUUGGCGUACCCGCUGCACCCCGAAAAGCAGACGUCCAAACUGCGCGACGGCCCCCUGCUUGCCCUGAAGAAGCCCGCCUUCUUCAUGAGUGGAACGAGCGACGCCUUGUGUUCUCGGGAACUCCUCGAAGAGACCCUGGAAAAAGCGACGUUCGAACCCGCUUUUGCGUGGCUCGACGACUGCGACCACGGGUUCAAGCGAAAGGGGGGUUCGUCUGACGACGAAGUGAGUGCCGGCUUUUCGGAGAUUGUCAGCUGGUGCGAAGCUGUGGCCAAGGAUGCUGUUUAACGAACAUUUCUAAAAUUGUAAAAGUUUGUUUUUAAUCUUUAAAAAAAAAAAAAUGUUAAUGCGUUACCCGAGACUGGGGAAAAGGCGGACGACAACACAACACGCAUUGUGUUGCCCUUUGUCUUUUCGGCAGUCUUGGGAAAAACAUUCACCAGCUGGUUUGUGCAACUUUUUGUAAGUUUAUAAAAAU